CCGAUCCAUCAAUCACGCAGCUCAAUCAAUCACGCAGCUCCUCCAUCAUUCUGGUGAGUUUCUGUAGGAAUAUCGGCGGCAGCGAUCUUAUCGCCGGCGAUCUCGUCCGAGAGCGCGCGCGGCACCGUCGUCAACCUCCAGCGCUCGCAGGAAAUGGCGGACGAUGAGUUAACUGAUAUGAUGUAUGACAUGGAGUUUGGAGAACUGAUGAAAGACUGGAUAGAAGAUUGGUCAGAUGAUGAAAAUUCAGAUCGUGGAGAUAGGUCAGAGAAUGGGAACGUAUUGGAAGAUCUUAAUAUGGAUGAACAUGAUGAUGGUCAGGAAAACAAUGAGCAUGAUGAUGGUGAGGAAAACAACUCGGAGAUCUCGAAUGAAGAUUACAUUAGUCAGCUCAUUUCCGAAUGUCAUAAUGCGUACGACUAUUACGGUGAAUCCGACGCGGAGACAGGCCUUGAUGUCGAAUCAUUAGCUGCAUCUGAUUCUGGGGAGUCGCAAUCGUCGGUCAUCAUGAGUGAGGUGACAGAAGUUGAGGGUAAAAAGAAUGUCCAAGAUACUGCUAGUGCAGAUGAUAAGAGGGAUAUGUUCAUGCAGAUAAUACAAAUGACUUUUACGUCUCACGAGGCUGCGUAUGAUUUCUACAACAGCUAUGCUAGAGAUAAUGGUUUCAGCAUUAGAAAGAAUAGGGUCAGGUAUAGCAAAACCGAGUCACGUCAUAUGCGUUAUAGGCGGUUUGUUUGUUCCAGACAAGGAAAACGUGACAGCAGGUUGCUAACCGAGGAAGGACACAACCGUAGGCUCAGACCCGAGACACGCUGCCACUGCAAAGCGCACCUGACCGUGAAGUUUGACCAAAAGCGUGGGGACCGGACGAGGUACCUUUUCUUUGGUCCCACAGAAAAAAUCAAAGAGUACCAGAAGCAUGAGAUAAUGUCCAUGGGAGCUGCAGGGAUUAGAAUUCACGACAUGAUGGAUUGCUUCAUCAGCAAACAUGUAUGGUACGGCGGUGUUGGUUUUACCAGGCGUGAAAUAUACAACCUUUGCGCCAAGGAGAAGAGGAAGCUGCUUUCAAAAGGUGAUGCUGCCACAGCCAUAGGCAUCAUGGCCAGUAGGAAACAGAGGGAUCCUAGCUUCUUUUUCGAGUACAAGCUAGAUAAGGAAGGACAUUUGCAUAGGAUGUUCUGGUGCGACUCCCAGUCUCGUCAUGACUAUGAGGACUUCGGCGACGUGCUUGUAUUUGACAGCACGUACAAGAUGAACCGGUAUGGUAUGCCAUUCAUACCCUUUGUUGGUCUUAACAAUCACCGGAAGACCACUGUUUUUGCUUGUGCCAUAGUUUCGGACGAGACCGAAGAGACAUAUGUGUGGCUGCUGGAGACUUUUUUGAGGUCCAUGUGUCAAAAGAUGCCUAUGAGUGUUAUCACGGAUGCCGACGCUGCGAUGAUCAAGGCAAUUCGCCAAGUCUUGCCAGACGUGUGGCACCGUAUAUGUACGUGGCAUAUAGAAAAAAUAUGA